UUCGCUGGCUUCACCCACACUUGACCACUUUUCACUUCCCUUCAGAUCCAAACUUCACACCGCCAUUGAUCCAUUAUCAAAACCUCCAAUCGAACAGACAUUUUAGGGUUAGGGUUUCUUCAAAUUCAAUUCGCGGCUAUGUGAGUGUGAUUUCAAUUUUCAACCAUGAAUUGAGUAGUGGGUGGGGCUGCGCCGCUUCAAGAUGGGUUACAAUUGGUCGGAGAUGGCGUCAAUUAGGGUUCCGAGAAGGGUCUGGUUAAGCUCCCAAAUAUCAAUCGUAUUACUCGUGGGUGGAAACCACACCUCCUCCAGGUUUUGCUCUCGAAAGCGAAAAAAAAUGAACUUGAAAUGGCAACUGCUUCGCGGCCCGUUCAUGAGGCGCGUGGUGUUGAGGGCUUUCAUGCUCGUGGUGGCUGUGAUCAUCCUUUCGUUUACCCAAACGCCUCGCCGCAUUCGAAUAAUCGACCCCGUUGUACUCGAUAUUUACGACGAAUGCCCUUUCAACGUGGGCCCGGAUACGAACCCGAAGUCGAAUCACAAUCUGACCGGUUUCUUCAAUUCUGCAUUUCCAAUGUUUUUCGGGCCUUCUGCAUCAACAUGCAAAGGAAGCAAAAACUUGACCGAUUACGUGCUUAAAGAAUUGAUGGAGAAGAAUUUCCUGGACUCGAAUUCGAAAGCAUUGUGUGUUGGUGAGGGAUCUUCGAAUGCCGCUACGUCGUUGCGCCACCUUGGACUAUACAAUGCAGUGGGUGUAGACAAGCACCCCUUCUUCUCCCUUCUCAAGAGGAGAUUCGUUUACGAGCUCGAAUUCGAAGACGAUCGUUUCGAUUUCGUUUUCUCCGGUGAUCUCGAUAGGGUUUCGGUUCCGGCUCUCCUAGUCUUGGAAAUCGAACGCGUUUUACGCCCUGGAGGAAUAGGUGCUAUGCUCGUGGGGGCCCGCAGGUUCUACUCGGGCGGGUCGGUUCGUUUAGCCGCUCCAAUUGCCUCGUUCUUGAAAAGCUCCGAUGUCGUCCGCAUAUGUGGCGUCGAGUCUUUCUCUUUGAUAAUAUUCAAGAAGAGAAAAAUCGAAGCUUUCCCACCCUUUGAGAGUAUCCAACUCCCGUCCAAUUGCCCGUCAAUCGAAAAGAAUAUGCUCUCCUCGAAGAACAAAUUGGUUUACAUCAAUGUUGGUUUGGGGGAGUUUGCGAAAUCGAGCGUUGAGAAAUUGUCGAAGCUUUAUGGAGCUCCGUUUGAAGUGUUUGUCGUUGACCAUAAAACGACCGUGCUUUCGUCUUACGUGACGAAUCACGGGAUCAACUUUGUCUACUAUCCCGGUCUCGCCGGAGAUGCUAUGUGGGCCCCACCGAUUAGUUCCGAGGAGAGUUUGAGUGCUCCGGUGCAUGAGGAGGACUUUGACUUUGUUGGGUGGUUUAACGAGACCGUGACGGAUGGGAGUUUUGUUGUGAUGACGAUGAGUGGUAAGUCGGUGGAGGUGAAGAUUCUCGUCGAGAUGUUUAAGACAGGAGCGAUAUGCCGUGUGGACGAAUUGUUUCUCAAGUGUCCGGAUUUUAAGGAGUGCGAAAUGGGCUUGUGUGGGGACUGUGUGAAUGUUUUGGAGAGUUUGAGGAAGAGUGGAGUGAAUGUCCAUCAGUGGUGAAGUAUGGUGGUUUUCUUUGUUAUGUUGUGUGGGUGAAAUAAAUUGAGGAGGGGGGACACGUGGCUUGUUAAUCUCUCUCCUCUGAUGUGUGAAGUGUGUUUUUUGAGGUUUAUGUUGUUGUUAUGUUUGAUUGGUCUGUAAUUUUACCUCUCCUGUUGUUUUGGAGGGUAGGUGUGUGCUGCUGCAACUUGCAAGUUUAAAACCUUUGUUUAUGUAAUAACAAUGCAUUAUUAAAACCCUUGCCUUAUGGCUUGCAUC